ACGUGGUUCGCCUAUUUCAGUCACAGUGGUUGUAGCUCCUUACCGGCUAAUUCACCCCUUCACUUUCCGGCAUCCCCAGCAUCGGUCAGCUAGUUAAAUCAUGAAGAUCUGGACAUCAGAGCACAUAUUCAAUCAUCCUUGGGAGACGGUGACCAAGGCUGCUAUGCAGAAGUACCCCAACCCCAUGAACCCCAGUGUGAUCGGAGUGGAUGUUUUGGACAGAGGCAUCGACAAACAGGGACGCCUCCAUAGUAAAAGACUACUCAGCACUGAGUGGGGUCUUCCAUCUAUAGUGAAAUCUAUCAUUGGUAACACACGGACAUACACAUAUGUGCAGGAGCACUCGGUUGUGGAUCCCAAAGAGAAGAUUUUCGAACUUCAGUCCUCAAAUAUCACUUUCACAAACAUGGUGUCUGUGGAUGAAAGGUUAACGUACAAACCACACCCUGAGGAUCAUGAGAAAACAGUACUGACUCAGGAGGCAAUCAUCUCUGUGAAAGGAGUCAGUCUCAGCAGUUACUUGGAAGGAGUUAUGGCCAGCACCAUCUCUACUAAUGCUGGAAAGGGCCGUGAAGCCAUGGAGUGGGUAAUCAGGCGACUGAAUGCAGAAAUUGAGGAGCUGGCAGCCACAGCACGCGGGACCAUACGUACGCCCAUGGCUGCUGCGGUCACUGAGAAAUGACACCCACCUCUCUUUUCCAGCAGAGUCUGACAGAAACUGCACACCGGUACAACCAGUCUCCCUUUAUGGUGCUCUAGUGUUGUUUUGGUGCUCUGGUUUUUUUUUUUUUGUCUUAUGUAAGGGCAUAAUUCAUCCAUCUCACAUACUUUACUAUCUACAUUAGAUAUAUUUUUAACACCAAGCAGCAACAUAAAAGGAUUCUGUGGAGAGUUUUCAGGUGAUGCUGCCUGACAGGACUGCAGUGAUGAGAGACUUGGGGAAGAAAAGUGGGUGGCACGUUCAGGAUCAAGACCACUGUUAUCUGUGGGUUUGGAAACAUGUAGAAUUAUCAAAGAGGUAUCAGAGGCACUGGAUGAACUGAAAUCACAAGAAAAGUGCCAAAGCAGACACACCACUUUGUGUCCAGACCCUUAAAAGUACCUUUGCCAGACCUCAGAAUGCCAGCAAGUCUCCUCUGGCAUGAGCUGCUAUGAGCAAGACCGUUAUGGUGAGAUAUGUAGACAUGGUUGUAAUAUGAUGGCAGAAAACGGUGCCUUUUGAGGCGUGGGUCAAGUGCAAUGCAUGUCAGGGGUAUGUGGAAGUGGUUUUAGGUGUCAGAAAGUAAAUGGUUGCGUUAACACAGCCAUCGACAGUGGCACAGUGAAAUGUUUCACUGUCAGGUUAAUUUUGUAAAAAGGUUGUCUCCUCAACAAUGUUCUCUUGCGGGACCUCUAAUAACAUGACACUCUGUACCAGGCAACGUAUGUGAGCCUGAAUAAAACUGCAUUUUGUUAAUAUGUGAUAACUAAUAUUGUUAUUAAAAUGUUUAAGUGAAAUGACGGGAUCAAGAUAAUUGCCAUAUUUAUAUUCAGUAGAAGACCUUCUCAAAAGCUACAUUAGUAUAACUUAGGUUGGAAAUUGGAUGCGUGGAGAUGAGCAAAACGGUAAAAACUUGUAGUUACAUUCUGUACCUGAACAUGUUUGCUGAAGUCAAACAGUUUUAUCAAUGCACACAAGACUACCGUUCCCCAGUUAAAACAGUCCUCACAGCAUGUCCUCUCAGCGUAAAGGCUGAGACCUACGCAUCAACUUCUAUUUGCACUUACAGAAUUAAAAAAAAGAAAAGCUGCUACACAAUCUGAGGGUGCUGGUAACCUGUGAAUAUUUUGGUAUCACUGUUGGACAGGUUAAAUGGUUACAGUUUGCAUUUGAGAAGGUCUUCAUGUAACACAGCAGUGUGGUGAUGGUGAAAACUUUAGUUUCUUUUAAUAUAUAUAUAUUUUUGUACUUGUAACAGGAUUAUUUAUUUAGAGAAAUUGUUGGUUAUGAAGUAGUGAAUUGUGAUAUCACAUCCUUAGUUAGAAAUUCUAAUUUGUUUAUUUUGUGCCUGGAGAAAAAAAGGUUUCACCAACUGCAGAAUGUGACAAUAAAAUAAAGUAUUUUUACCUGUUAAACUGAA